AUGGCCACGGAACAAGAGGUCAUUACUGAGGUAAACUUAGAAACCGAGACUGAUGUGAAAACGCGAGAAAGACGCUUUCAUCAGCAACGUGAGAAAUGCGAACGCAUAUUGUAUUAUCUGCGCCAUGGAAAACACAUGGAUGGUUUAACAAAGAAUCAACAACGUGUUGUUCGAGGCCAAGCGAAGACCUAUACCCUAGAUGAAAGUGAGUUUAUUUUUCUCGUUAUUGCAAACAAUUGAACUUCAUAGUUCAUACUAUGCUUAUUUAAUGUAGAGACGUUAUGCAUAGCCAUAGGGCACAGUUAUAGUUUGUGAUUCCCUUGAGGCUGAUGAAUUGUAUUCUCAAACGUUUAAAACCCUGACUAUUAACGAUGUCAAUAAUACUGUACUGAAGAGAUCCAGCUGUCCUUGACAGGGAUGUAAGAUUACACGAGCCACAACUUCCUCUUAGUGAACUCUAUAUACUAAAUAUUUGUUAUUUAUAUCUGGAAUUACAAGGCUCUUGAUGUGUUCAUUUAUGUAAUCAUGUGUUGUCAAAAAUUAUGCAUAGUUUAUAUUUAUCUGGAAAUAUUAACUGUAUUGGGUCAUACUAAUUACAGACAAUUACCAACAACAAGCUGAAAAAUACCGACAACAAGCAAAUACAUAUUUUUUACUUUUAUAUGAUAUCGAUGACUCAUCAGCAUACUAUGCAGUUUUUAGAUAGUUUGCAUAAUUAAAUUCUAUUAUGAAUAGAAUAGGCAGGAUAUUUUGUUAAUCCUAUUGUUUAUGAUUUUAUUGAUGUCAAACAAUGAAAAUAUAAUUACUGUCUGCCUAUGUGAAUCCAUCAUCUUUAAUCGCAGAAUGUUUAAACUCAACAAUGUUUGACAAAAUCUGUCGUAUCUGUCGAAUUUAUACAUGUAUAUUUUGGAUUCCAUCAAAAACAACCAGAUAACUAUAAGAAUACAAUGAGAGCAUGUAUUUGCUAGUUGUCAGUACUUUUCAGCUUGUUGUCAGUAAUUGUCUGCUAGUUGUCAGUAAUUGCUGGUUGUUGACAAUAGUUGUCGUUAAUUAGUAUGACCGACUGUAUCAAAUUCCUCCCCUCAAAUUAAUAUAUUUAUGAUGUGAAUUAUUUUAAUUUCAAUGAUUCUUAGAUAAUGAGUUGUACUACACAGGAGGAAAAGAAGGAAUUUAUAGAAAAGUUAUCCUUGAUGUUGCAGAAGUACGAGAAAUACUGCAUCAUCACCACAGUAAUCCAAUGGGAGGGCACAGUGGAGUGAAUGCCACUCUUUGUAAAAUAUCAACUCCCCUUGACGAGUAAAAUCAUCUGGCAUUAGACAGAAUAAAAUACUAAAGUAGGGUGCAUCAGGGUGCAUCGUCACUCAAUGGGUUAACUAUGCUGCUCUUAGACAAAAUUUACUCUCAAGUGCUGCAUAAAUUUUCGGCAAUGACUGAUAUCUUUACUGGUAUCCUUAUUUUUUUCUAGGGCCAUUGCCAACUACUCCAGAAGGAUGGAAGUAUGUUUGCACAUUUACUGAUUACUACACCAAAUUUGUCGAUUUUUAUCCAAUUAAAAAUAAAUCGGCAGAGUGUGUUGCAAAAUGUAUCAAAACGUUUACAUGCAGGUAAUUAGUUUUAACAGCUUUAUUGAAUGAUGUUCAAACAGCAAGAGUGUAAACAUGAUUAAAGAUCCAUGCAAGGCACUAUCCCUCUUGAAUUUUGUUUACAUCUAAUAUCAUUAUAAAUUUACAACAAUAUUAUAAAUUGGUAAACAUAUACCAGCUGAUUAAUAUCAAAUUAGGAAGCUAUUGUGCCACAUUUAAUUAUCAUACAUAAUUCAGAUUUGUAUAACCAUGUUUAUAAAAAAUUGAAAGCUUAGUUAGGAUAAAACAAAACCUGACACGAGGAGCUGGUAUAUGUUUACAUCCAAAUUAAUUAUUUCUAUGGCAUGACAAGUAUUCAAUUUCAAAACUGUUUCCUCUAGCAAUAUUGAAAGCAAUAAAUUUUGAAAACUUAUAAAAAUCCUAGGCUUUUAGACAACAUACCCAUUGCCAGGAGAUACAAAAUGUUUAAGUAGGGUCCCACAUAGUGUGUUUAAAUGCAAUGUGAGUUUAAAUGGUUAAAAACCAGAAAUAAAUUGCCCAUCACAUAAUUUUUAUAAUGAUUUUAGAUGGGGUGCCCCUUCACGCCUACUAUCAGAUCAAGGGAGAGAAUUUGUGAACAAGAUCAAUGAUGCGGUUUGCAAGGAAUUUGACAUCAAACGAUCUGUGACUAGUGCUUAUCACCCGCAGACAAAUGGCCUAGACGAACGAACAAAUCAGACAUUGAAACAGCGUUUGUCCAAACUGGUGAAUGAACAUCAAAACAAUUGGUGUGACUUCUUAGAAGAGGUUGCGUAUUCCAUACGUACGCAAAAACAAGCCACAACCAAAUACACACCAUUCUAUCUGAUGUUUGGUCGACAUCCAAAUUCACCUCAAAUGGUAAUUAUAUGGAAUAUUUUAGUUACAGUGUAAAUUAAUUAACUGGAUUAAUUAACUAAUUAAAUCAAUUGUUUAUGUUAUUAAAGAUGGAUGUUGUAGAUGACUGUUCCUCUGCCCCUGACCAACCUGAAGAAAGUUUAGAUGAGCAAGUUUCAGAAAGAAAGGCUUUAUAUGAAGUGACACAAGAGCAGGUAUGUUGUGUUAGGAAUUAAUGUUUUUGCUAGAUGUUAAAGUUAGUUAUUGCUUAUAAAACUACUUCCACUCUCCUGUCCAUUAAUUAGUAACAUAUGUAAUUAAAUGAAAUCCAACACUGACCCCGUUAACUCAAACCCACGCCAACACAUCUUUCAUUUCCCUUGGGAGUUUGAGUUAGUGGGGUUCUACUGUAGUUGUUAAUUUUAUUCAAAUACCUUUAGGUUCAGAAGAAUGUCAAGAUUGCUCAAGAUAAACAGAAGAAACAGUACCAAAAAAGAAAAGCUAAAGGAGUAAAGACAUUUGUUAUCAAAGUGGGUGAUAUCGUGUACAAACGCCAAAUGAAAAACAUUUCCAGAAAAGGAGGGAAAAUGGAGCCAGGAUGGAUAGGUCCAUACAGGUAUGUAUAACAAACAUCUUUCAGCAGAUUCAAUGGGACUUCAGUGUUAAUAAUCAUUAACCCAUUGAGUGGCGAUGCACCCUACUUUAGUAUUUUACUCUGUCUAACCCCAGACAAUUUUACUCGUCAAGGGGAGAGUGCUGGCGCUUAAUGGGUUAACUGGCCUAUCUGCCCAUGUGUCUAGUUAACCCAUUGAGUGGCGAUGCACCCUACUUUAGUGUUUUACUCUGUCUAACGCCAGACGAUUUUACUCGUCAAGGGGAGAGCGCUGGCGCUUAAUGGGUUAAUGAUCAGAUCUAGGACAUGCAAAUCUUUCAGACCGAUGGUUGUGCUGAUUAUAAAUGGCUUGGUUAAUUGCUUCUUGCAGCUAAGCAUUUAGGUUCUUCCUGUAGCUUGAUACUGGUAGGACUAAUGGGAUCAUGUUGAUGCUCAAUUGAAGAAUAACAUUGAAUAAUUAAUAUUUACAGAGUCACAGAAAUUGAUUCCUCUCAGAGAGCAACCCUUAUUCCAUUGAAAGAUAAUGCCACUUCUCUGAAAAACAAAGUGCCCUAUGAUCAGUUACGACCUUAUGUUGUGAGUGAACUUCACAAGGAAGAUAACUGCUGCAGAGGAUCAGGCAGUACAGAGGAUGGUGGCAAACAAGAAAAUAAUGACACCGACAAUGAUGACGACCUCCCCUCUGGAAUCCAGGGUACCACAAACUCUACUAUAGUAUCUACACUCUGUCUAAUGCUUGAAAAUUUUGCUUGUCAAGGGAAAGUCUUAGAUGUUAAAUUUUUAAUAAGGGUAAAGUAAUUUCAAUAAUAGGUAUACUGUAAAUAAAUAUUAAUGAGUUGACAACUGUACUUUAGAUGACAAGGAAGAAGAUGACAAGGAAGAAGAUGACAAGGAAGAAGAUGACAAGGAAAAAGAUGCCAACAAUGUGAAUGAAAAUGAUAACAAACAGAAUGAAGAUAAUAUCAACAAAAAUGAACACAACAGCACUGGAGUACUUGAGUCCUUAACAAACUCAUGUAAGUAUAAAGAAUAGAGACUCUCUCUUCCCAAGGGAGCAACUAUUUUUUUUUGGGGGGGGGGGAUAAACAUAUUAAUCUUAAAACUAAACUUAACCUUAAAGGUGGCCAAACAGAUGAUAACAACCAGUAUAAUGGAAAGUCUAGAAAGAAUCGGUGUGAAGUGCUAACAAGUGAAGCUAACCCUAAUCCUGACAAGCUAUCAUCUACAAUCCUCAAAAAAGACUUUUGGCUUUCAGAUGAGCAUAUUGAUCAUGCUCAAUGGUUACUGCAGCAGCAAUUUGCAGGGUGUAACGGCUUGCAUUCUGUGCUGGCUUUUGAAGGGAAAACCCCCCAAAUUCAGAGAGGACAAAAGGAGUUUGUUCAAAUAAUUAAUGUUGGAAGAAAACAUUGGGUAACUGUCACAAAUAUCGGAUGUGAAGAUAACGUUGUCAAAGUUUAUGACUCUAAGUAUAUGGAGUUACCAGAAAAAUACAGAAAGAAAUUUUACCUGUGUUUGGCAGCAUUGCUAAACACCAGUUAUCCGAACAUGACAAUUGUGUGGCCAUCAAUGCAGAGUCAGAAAGGCUGUUCUGAUUGUGGCCUCUUUGCUGUUGCGGUUGCUUUCAGUCUUCUCAUCGGAGAGGAUCCUAGUACACAAGCCUAUGACCAGAAGACGAUGCGAGUGCAUCUUGCCAUGUGCUUCCAGGUUGGAGAGUUGGCCCAGUUCCCUGUCAUGACAUCAGUUUUACCCAUGCAACAUGAAAGGAAGGAAGUUGUCGAACUGUUUUGUCACUGUAGAAUGCCAUAUAGUGGUUCAUUCAUGAUUGAAUGUGCAACUUGUGCUGAAUGGUUUCACAGAUCUUGUGAAAAUGUGCCAAGGAAAGUUAAUGCCAAAACUAUAUUUUGUUGUGCCAAUUGUAAAUAGUUUAUGUAAAUAGUUUGUGCAGGUUAGUGGUGCACACUGUGAGCGACAGGGUUCUUUUGAUAGGGUUUCCAAGAACUGUUAACAGAUAAAACUUUGUUGUGUGAAC